UGUGACAAACAUUCUGCUCUGUUCGCCCGGAACCUCGUUCAAACCCUAAAUAACUUGUUUUCCACCGGAAGAUCAUGCGCCUCGUGGAAAUAUUAGGUAAUUUUUUUUAUUUGUUUCCUGUUACGACUUAAAUUUUUAUUCCAUCAUACAUUGUGAUAAUUUUUAGCUAGAACUAUUUCGUGACAUGAGGUUUUAGAAUUUGACUUUCACACGAAUACAACUUAUGUACUUACUCAUGUAUUCACAACUGUACGCCUUCGUUUACGAGGGUAACCGGUCGUUUCGCCAACGGUAGUUUCGCAAACGUCUGUGCUCAAUUCGCAAACGUGUAGAAGUCAGUUCGCGAACGUUUAGAAGUCAGUUCGCAAACGUUUUAAACAUUACAUGUCAACCUGGGUGUAACUAUAUGAUUCAGAAUACUACAUAACUGACACGUUGUAUGCGUAAAUUGUUGGAUGUGAAAUCUCACCGCUUCUUUCUCGCUAAAGUAUAUUUCAUAGUCAAAUGGACAGUUUUUAUCCCGUGUCUUGGUAGUUAGUGGACCUUCCCUCAAAGAGCAAAGCUUCCUGAUAGAACAUAACAACAGUAAGUCCUGUUUCAUAUCGGUAGAUUGAUUUGCGGAUUACAGCUACUGUACAUGCAACACGCAAACGCUGUGAUAGAGCAAAAUCAACCACAAGACUGUAUGACUUAAGCUAGAGAGUUAGUUUGUAAGCUCAAACUUUGACAUCUCACAUCUACAAAGUGUGUGAACUGACUUCUUCCCAUAUAAAUGUUUAAAACGUUUGCAAACUGACUUCUAAACGUUUGCGAACUGACUUCUAAACGUUUGCGAACUGACUUCCACAAGUUUGUGAACUGACCAGAGACGUUGGCGAAACGGCCGUUGGCGAAACGAAUCGUUUGCGAAACGACCGACACUCGUCUACGAGAAUGAGUCGCCGUAUAGGUCUUGUUUAAUAUCAAAGAAAACGAUGUUGAUCAUUUCACGUGAGCUGCAGUUUCAGAUCUUCAUUAAUGAAAUUCAAAUUUUCUAGCUUUUCGAAUAUUCGAAAGGCUAGAAAAUUUGAAUUUAGAUAUCGAAAGCCAUCGUUCAUCGCAUGCAAAAUGAGAAAACAGAACAGCACCAUCUUAGUACACAGUUUAGGCUUGUGGCUUGCAUUUAAGAAAACAGGGAAUAAAAUUUUCGACAGAUCUUGUUUAAGUACACUAUAAUGGUUCAUUACAAUGCUUAGCAUGUGGAGUGUUCAGCUGAGAAUGCAAAUUUAAUUUGACACUCUCAGCAGCUAGUUCAUGUAUUUCAAGGUACAAUAUCCAGUGCUCUCAAGUACCCACUCAUUAUAAUAGUAAUGCUUUUUUAGUCCAUUUUCCUAUACUACUUUCACCUGAUUGAUUAAUUAUUCCUAAGUUGCUCUUAAUUUAACAAAUAGAUUCCAAGUUGCCCUGUGUCUGUUCAGUAACAGAUCACAGAUGACGUCAAAAUGUGGUAAGAACAAAAAAGUGGCACAUGAAGCGUAGCUGAGUGUGUCACUGAUUUUCUUACCACAUUUUGACAUCAGCUGUGAUCUAUUACUGAACAGACGCAUGGUAACUUAGAAUCUAUUUGUUUUAUAUAACAAAGAAUUAAAAAAAGUUUUAAUGAUGAUGUCAUCUAUAUGCCUGUCCUCCAAUAGAUCAUAGGUGAGAAUCAAUCAGAAGGUGUUCAUAACUGAGCUUAUUAUGUAAUAAUUUGUAGAAUGUCAGUGUUCCAUUAUGGUUCAACAGCUGAUGCUUUAAUGACACCUGUUGUAACACGUUACAUAAAAAAUCUUCCUAAGCACAGUGUUUUGGAAAUCAUUUACCUAUGUCACUUAAGACUGUUCUCAACUUUCAUUCUUGACAGCUCUACUAUGAAUGACUAAUUAUGCAAUUUCCUAUUAAAGUCAAAUCUGCAUUAGCAGUCACCCCCAGGGUAUGGCAUGGUGAUCACUUCCUGUAAGUUGACCAUUUAAUACAGGUUCUACAGAAUAGGGGUAUUGUAAAAAAACAUCACUUUAUGACACAUGUGACCAUUUGAUGUAUGAAACUUGCUCACAAAUACUACUGGCGUUGAUUUCUGGAGAUAAACAUGGACAAAAUAUACUGAAAAGCUUUUUCUUAGUUUUAUUUGAUUGGUUCUGGUUUAAGGGAACAUCCAGCCAAGCAGCUAGGACUCAGUUAAGGGUGAUUAUGAUUGCUUAAUAGAAGUGACUGUUUAACCCUUUAACUCCCAAGAUCUCAUUAGUAAUUCUCCUUGCUGUCUGGUCUGCUUUACAAUUCUUAUGAUGUCAAUUUGGAGAAUUUGAUAUUGGAUCAACUAAUAAUCCCCUGAUUUAUAUCUUAUUUCAUUCUGAUCACUUCUAUGCUUGAUGUUGUACAGAUGUAAGGGGAAAUUCUCUCUUAGUCACUCAUGGGAGGUAGAGAGUUAUUAGAGGUGAAAAUUGAGGUGUUUUAGGGAAAAGAAUUCUGGGACUUUGACUACCUACCACUUAAUAUUGGGUGACUGCUUAAUACAGUGCUGCUUUAUUCAGGUUCAACUGUAUGCAUAGUAUUUACAAGUAUAUGACUGAUAAGCCUGUUUAGUUUAUAACUCUUCUGUAUGACCAACUCCAUUUUAUAGCCUACUUUUGGGCAUAAACAAAAUAAUAAUUACGUUAUUUCCUUAUUUUGCAAAUAAAUUUUAUUGACCAUCUCAUUAUCAUGACUUAACUUUGUUGGGAACAAGAUGUAAUUUCCUUGGCAACAAGGGCUCUAUGAUCAGAGUUCUGAUGUUUGUUGGUUUUUUAUUUAAAAAAAAUUGAGAGUUAGGAGUGUCAGCUAUAUAUGCCCUUGUGUCCAUGCUACUUAGGCAGACUCUGUUAUCAAAUGAAUCCUCUUUAAAAUAAAUAACAAAUACUUAGUCUGGUAAAUGGGUAAAAAUGAAACAAAAACUUGAUUGCAUUUAAUGUGUUCAUACAGUGUAUGUUCUAUAUUGGUAGCCAAUCUAAUUGCAGAGUUGUUCUUUAGUUGCUGCUGAUUAAAAGUGCAUUUCUAUUUCAUACCUAUUCAGGUCUGUUUUUGUUAUCAUGGGCAGCAAUCAAGACUACAUUUGCACAAAAUACUAGUAAGUGACAUUAAUUAAAUUCAUUUGAUUGUUGCAUUUUCUAGUAAAGCUGUGAUGAAUAAGUGGAACUCUGGUAUCAGCACUAUAGGAUACAUAUCAGUCCAUGAAUAAAGGGGAUAAGUUUCUAAAGAAACUGUGGUGCUGGGUUGGUGGGAGAGUUUAACAUGGUAUCAUCUGAGUUGAUAACAUAAAUUGGCCAUGGUAAAGAGUUUGAAAGCUGACAUUUUGAGUGUUACCCAUUCCUCAAAUUGAAGGGCUAACACCCUGAUGGAGGGCUAAUGCUCAAAACGUCAAUUUUGAAACUCUUUAUGGUGUUCAAUUUAUGUUAUCAACCCCACUGAUAAGACUUAUUACCUUACAUAUCAGUCAGUGCCUGAGUAUCUUCAUAUUAAAAACAGAGAAUAAAUGAUAAGAAUAGUAACGAAUAUAAUUGAAUAUAAGAGAGUGUUUAAUUCAAGAUUUGUUUAUAGCUCACUGGUUCUGUAAGGAUGCCCUCUUCUUUACAUUCUAACCUCUUAUUAGAUGUAAGAGAAAUAAGAUAAAAACAGAAAUCUGCUAGUCUUUCUAGAGCAAAGGUUAGGAGCUCUAGACCUAUUUUAAUGACCAGCAACUGGUCUGCUGAGGCCUGAGUUUAUGUAGGUUUGUUAGUGCUAUUUUGAAACUUCUUUGGUUGUGCAGGAGGCAGUAGGUCUUUUGUGUUUAUUUGUCCAGGGUUGCCUGUUCUUUAAUUUCCAUUGCGACAGUAUGGUCAUAUUUACUGUUGUGUCUGUCGAAUGAAAAAUUAUUAUGAUAGAGUUUUUGUACUGCAUGUCCUGUUAGGUUUUUGAGUUUUUCAGUUUUGCCCCCAAGCUUCUUAAAGUCAUUUUGUGAUAUGGAUUGCAAGCAUUGAAUUUCAAAAGUAUUGGAGAUGUAUGCUUGAAGGGGGAAGGAAGAAACUGAUAUUAUUAAUUUUUUCUUCAAGGGAUGAUAUAGAAACUUGUUGGUAUGUAAAGGUACUGUAUGGGUCCCAUAUGCCUGAGUUGAAAAGACCUUAAAUGCACAAAAUCUCAAGUGAAUCUAAUUUAAAAGGACAAACACAUUAUAAAGAUAAAGUUCUUUACAGGAAAUUUGCAUGAUCUCUUCACAGCUGCAAGUCCCAACAACACAUGUUUGCCAGGGAACACUAACAACAACAACCUCAAAUUAAGUGGCCUUAAUGGAACGUUUGAGAGUCCAAGAGAUCCUUAUCACUUUCAAUAUUACCCAGAAAUGAGCUGUGAUUGGUUCAUUACUGUACCAGAAGGGAACAUUGUAAGACUCAGCUUUGAUCUAUUUGAUAUGGAUUAUGUGGCUGGUGGUUCGCCUUUAUGGUAUUGCUAUGGUGAUUAUGUAGAGGUACUUGAAGGGAACAGAAGUGACAGUAAGGGUAGUGGAAAGUUGUGUGGUCUGACAAAUCCAGGGAUAAUCCGCUCGAGAAGUCGGUACAUGCUGGUGCGAUUCAGAUCAGAUAUCUUCUCCUCCUCUUAUCACAAAGGGUUUAAGGCUACUUUCACUGCAGAGAAUAAACUCAGUAAGUCAACAAGUGUGCAACCGUGGAAAUUAAGCCAUUGUGGAUGAAGGAGGCCAGUUUUUUUUUUUUUUUUAUCAAGAUAAAAAUAUUGAGUCAAGAAUUUUUCUUCUCAAAGCACCUUAUUUUUUUCUUAAACGAGAUCUUUUUCUUAAGGGAAAAUUCCUUUUAUUUGCCCUACUUUCAUGCUGAUGUUCGGGUGGUUUUCUCCUCUCUUUAGAGAGAUUUCACCACCGUAGUGGAAGCCCUCAUUAGAGCCAAGUGAAGAAUUGAUGUCUGUUGAGUUUCAUAAGUCUGGUUCUUGUGAACUGAUUGACCGAUUUUGCCGUGGUCUUAUUGGCUGUAAGACUCAAAUUGCGUAAGGCUCAUAUGAUUGGUCAGUUUCGUUCUAUAAGUAAUAUUAGGUCGUUCUGUUGAGUUUGUUUGUGGUGUAGUCGUUGACAUUUGGCGAGUGAUUCUGUUCUAAGUUAGUGAACCAGCUUUCCAGAGACUUUCAUUCAUUGGGUUACAGCAUUGCACUCUGAAACGUCAGUUAGUAUUAUCAACAAUGGUCCCUCUCAGGACUUCUCUCGCCCAGAGUGUUACUCCUGGGUUCAAACCAUUCGUUGUAUUUGUACUUUUUAGUUUGUCCUUACUACGGUGAAGCACUUACUGCUUCUGUAUCAGAUGAGAAGACACUGACGAGUCCAGGCUAUCCACUUUUGGCUCCUGCCAGUUUGUUGCCAUGGAGGUGCAGAUGGAUACUUAAAGCACCAGAUGAUCUUUCCACUGGUGGAGCAUACGUAUUGAAAGUUACAUUUGAUUACUUCAAUCUGCAAAAAUAUUAUGAUAAACUCACUUUUCAUGAUGGUAUCAAUUCAACAUCAAAGCGUCUUGGAAAAUCAUAUACCGGAACGGUCCAUCCUGAUGUGAUUUAUUCCACAGGACGCUACAUGUUUGUUGAUUUUUCUGUGAAAGAAAAAUAUUCAUUGGAAGCAGGCAGUUUUAGUUUAAACUUUUCAGCCGUGGUCAGAGGUAACGUUAUUUGGGCAUUCUUGGGUUUACUCAGAAACUCAGUUGGCCUAAGGGGCUUAGGGAGGGGGGAGGGGUGAGGAGAUGGGAUUGUUUAAGUUUUCCUUUUGCAUAAGUUUGCGGAGUUUGUCUUUCCGGGGUUUGACUGUUGAAGCCUUACAGGUGUUGAAAAUGUACUGCAGGGAUUAGGGGGAAGUCUGAUGGCAUUAUUCAUAAAAUCAUGAUCAGUGAAAAGGGUCACUUUUCUAUGUCUUGUAUAUUUUGGUGAAGAAGAAAAAAUAUAUUAUAGAAGCAGUCAGCUCUUUAUCAAUUGUUUCUUGGAGGGGAGCACCACAGACCUCUAACAGAAUGAAGAAGGGUGAGGUUGAUAAAUAUCGACAAGGAUUCCAAAUGAAUGUCUGAGAUCGAGCUGCAACGUUGUUAUUGUUGCAUUCAUUUGCAGAGGAAGCCUUUGGAGUAUGCCAAUCGUCAGAAGGGAAUGUUGAGCGUAUUCGCCUCACUGGUUCCUCUGGUACCCUUUUCUCCCCAUUCUAUCCUACUCCUUAUCCGAAAAAUGUCACCUGUAUUUGGGUGAUUUCCGCUCCUGCUAACAAAAGAGUGGAGCUAACAUUUGAUAAAUUUGAUCUUAAUCGGGAGGACAACGUGCGAAUACUUGAUGGGCGUAAGUCGUCGAGUGAAGAGGUAGCUGUUUACCACGGAUACAACUUGUUUAGUAGUGAGUCAGCGGUGUAUUCGAGUGGGAGGUACAUGCGGAUAAAGUUUCAUUCUAGUCUGGCCUCUUGGUAUAGUACCGGAUUUAAAGCACAUUUUGAGACUGUGGAUCCGCGUAAGUACAUUAUGAUUUUAUUUAUCAACAGACCAAUGAUUUUUAAGACGUAAAGCUUUUUCGUUAGCUUGUUCAAUGUAUUUAUUUUGUUGUGAAAAAGUAAGAGCAAAGUUGGAUUUAUCGCUGAUCCUCGCUUGCCUGGUGCUUAGGUGCGCCUUCCACAUCAAUUUUGGGUUUAAAUAGGUAAGUUCAGAGUUAGCUAUCAUUGGAAAAUGAAAGGGAAAAGGCUUGAAGUACUACUGAUCAUGACAUCUCCAAGACUUUGUGUUCCUAAAGACUCUUUUGCUCGAAUUGCAAACUAGCACGGUAAGGUGUUAUGGAUAGUGACUAGAAAAAUACGUUUCUAGAAAUUUCUAGAAUGCCUAGUCACGCUUACAUGCAUAUAUGACCUUUUUUACUGUCAUACCAUGGAACUUUCGAGAACAAUAUAUUAGGUUAUGUAGUUAUGAUGUAAGACUUCCAAAACAGUUGUGUUUCAAGCUUUGGAAAUGUCCUAGAAUACCCUGUAAAUGUAUCUAAGGACUCAGUCGUUCAGUAGUAGUAGUAGUUGUUCUCGUUGGGAGUGCCUGACUGUCUGGAAAGCUAUACCGAGAGGGAGAGAGAGAGAGACUUAGAGGCAGCGGUGCGUGUGUGUCAGUGGUAAAAUAAGAUAUAGUCCAUAGUAUAUAGUCCAUAGUGGGCUCAAGUAAGUCUUUUGGAAGAUAAUUAUUGUACUGCCCACAGGAGUCCCUACUUAGUAAGAAUCAUUACACAUUGUUUAAUAAGGUAGCUGAGUUUGUAGGGGUAUAGAACCUUUCUUUCAGUUAAAUUUUAUAAUUUUAUAUAAAUUUUUUUUUAAGCUUGGUUGCUUCAAAGUUUUCUGGUAUACCUGAAUUUAGUCCAUCGCCCUGGACCAAGACUGCUUCCAGAGUAUCUUUGUAUUCCCUUUUUUACUUUGAAUUUAUCAAAUAUGUGUUAAUUAAUUUGAAUCGCUGACGACGCUGUACCACUUUAUCAAAAAAAUGAUAUUUCGUUAUCACCUUUGUGUCGCCAGUCGGGCCCUAGUAUUCAUAUGAGUAUGUUAAAGCUCAAAAGGGUUUAAACUCUGUAGAGAGCCUGUCAAACGAAUUACGGUUAGAUCGCACCAUGGUUAGAUCGCUCUUAGUUAGAUCACUCCACUCGAAAGUUAGAUCGCUCCACUCGAAAGUUAGAUCGCUCCAUCAAAUAACUUACUUCGCUCCCAACAUAAGUUACUUCGCUUCAUAUAGAAAACUAAGGUAAGGGUAGCAAAACUAAGCUAUCUAAAUUGAUAAUUCAUUAAAUGACGUGUAUAUCUUACUUAACAAUCGAUUAAUAUCGCUCGCGCGCGCUUGAAAUAAAUCCGAGCUACGCAGAAAGAACAAAUGAAGCUUCAUGUAACGGCCUCACGAAGUGUUACCACGAUCAUUUAUUCCAUCAUCGCUAUACAUCUAGCCACCUAUAUAUAUAUAGGUGGCUAAUCGGAAGGACAGAGUGAAUACAAUGUACUCGAAUCGUCGCAAGACACAUCAUCACCUAUGAACUUUAAAGAUCAUUGCUAAGUAAUACCUCACAUUACAACAUGGAGCUAAGUACCUAAUGUUGAUAGCGAAGUAACUUAUUUGAUGGAGCGAUCUAACUUUUUGUUGGAGCGAUCUAACCGGAUACCUGCCAAACACUUCCCUGAAAAAUGGUAGGUUAAAUUGUGUGAUGCAUCUUUCUUCCCAGCCGGAAGUUCCGAGCAGAGAUGUUUUCCGGGCAACAUUUACAACAACAACCUGAAAUUAUCUGGUUACAGUGGAACUCUUCAAAGCCCAGAGGGAGGAGAAGGGUAUCUCUCUCACUCCAGCUGUAAUUGGCUCAUAUCUGUACCAGAAGGGUAUUUUGUGAAACUCAGCUUUGACACCUUUCAAAUGCGUCAUGAUGGAGGAUGUGAUGCAGAUUAUGUAGAAGUUGUCGAUGGAAACUACAUCGACGGUAAGAGCGAAGGAAAAAUGUGCGGUUCCAAUACCCCCGAUAACAUCUCCUCUACCGGUCGUUACAUGAUGGUUCUUUUCAGGUCUGGUCCAAUCAGAUCAUCUUUCAGGGGAUUCAAAGCAACAUUUACAGCGCUUCAUGAACCAACAAGUAAGUGAAAGCAUUCCUAUUUCUUCGUUUUCGGGGAAGUCGGUGUCUCCCCUUAAACACCUUGCCACUCAUUGGUAACAUCCCUCAUUUCCAGUCAGCUAAAGAAAUUUUGUCUCAAGACAUUUUACAAUUGGGUCGUAGAGAAGGCAAUUUCAAGGCAAACAUGAAAAGCGUCCUUCAUCACGACUGAUUUGACAGGGUGUUGUUUGACAAUACCUCAGAGGUUAUCAGCACGAGUGAAACAGAUUGAAUAAAACAAAACUGUUAUGUACUUCCCCAUCAAAAUAAAGUAUUUUAUAUACGUACUUACUUUCUUUUUUACCGAGUGACUAACCGACUGACAGACGGACAGAUAAACAGACAUACAUAUACAUCCGACGUACUCGUGAAAGGGUUUGUCGAGGAGAAAAGAACGACCUAUCUGGGUACGACAGCAGGAUAGGCGUGGAUUGAGUUUCCUGAUUGCAAGACCAAAGUACAUUUAGUCACAAAAGCAAAUCAGAAACAACGUAAAAGUAAAAAUACUUUGUCAACGAUAUAUUCUUGUGUAAACGACCUCAAGCUUGGGCAUUGCUUUUGCAUCUGAUUGGUGUAGAUAAAGGUGCCAUAUUCCAUGACCAAUAGCAGGGCAUAAUGAGGGAACCGAUGAAAUUUGGGGAUAUUUUUGUGACCAUUGAAUUUGGUUGUGAUUUUUUAUGCUAUGUAACUUCUGAGUGAUAACUUAAAAGUCAGGUAGAGUGAGCGAUAACUGACACAAUUUCAACUGGUUUCGAACUUGUGAUGAUCUUCACGUAAGGCAUUCACAACUUGUUAAAUCAUGUUCUAAAAAUGGUGUCUCAUUUUGUUUAGCAUGGCUUUCCGAUGUCUUUUAGCCGCCAUCAUGCCAUAAACAUUUACAUUUUCUUGUCAGAUUUUGAUAAGCUCGGUGAAACAACCGCACCUGAAUCUCUCCGUAGCCAACUCCCCACUCCUUACCCCUUGGGAUCACCUCAAGGAAUUUCUUAAAGAUUGUUUUCCCUUAUUUGACUCCGUAGCGAAAACCAAAGCUGUAAAUUCCUACGAGUUGUGUUACCCGGAUAACGACCACAACGAGGAUUUGAAGUUGACCGGAUCAGAAGGGAUUCUAGAGAGUCCGUUGACUUAUUACCCACCGGGUUUAUUUUGUGAGUGGCUCAUCACUGUACCCGAGGGACAACGCGUUGAACUCAUAUUCGAGAGAUUUCAGUUGGAUCCUGGUUGCAGAGAUUAUGUAGAAGUUGAAGAUGGAUUGCCAUUUUCUGGCACAUAUUUGGGAAGAUACUGUGGAACUACAAUUCCCGAAAACGUUCGUUCAAGUCACCGUAAUCGUUAUAUGCGGGUUCAGUUCUACUCUGACCCGGAUUAUGCGGGUAGAAAACCACACAGAGGGUUCAAAGCCACCUUCAAGGCCGUAUCAAGUUCAGGUUGUCUACCUUUGUUUUAAAAAUUAGAGGUUGAAUUUUUUGUAGUACAUCCCAUGCACCAUCAACACGACUAUCUUUGCAAAGCCUCGUGGAAACGAUCCCUAGCUUCAGAUAACUCUGCUUGUUUGACUUUUGUCUCUCUCUUUCUCUUUAGAGUCUUCUACUUUGAUGACAGCCAUUAUUGUAACUUUAAUAGUGUUUGUUGCACUGAUUUCCCUUUUCGUUUGCUUGGCUAAACGAAGUAGAAAGCGGAACAGAGAGGCAGCGGAGAGAAUUGCAAUGGCUCCAGUAUCACGCCGUACUCGGUCUCAACCAGUUGACACCACAACCCCUCAAGUAAGUUACGCUCCAGUUUCAACAAACGCAGAUAUGCCACCCCCAGAUUACCCAUACCCAUUAGAAUCGCCACCACCCUACCCUGGUAAGGAACAGAUUCCACAGUUUCCACCUCCAGGACAGUCGUAUCCAUGGCAGCAAAGUACACCGGCUGAAGAAUCCGUUACCCAUGAGAAUUCGUGACGUUUCUUUGACGAUUUUAACCCUGUUUUGCGCUCGCCAGAUAAGUUGGAGCUUAAAAGUAAGAUUAAGAUUAAGAUUAAGCGUCAGCUGAGCAGAGAGGCUUACUAGGCCCAGUUUUAUAAAGGGCGGAUAAAGCUAUCCGACGGAUAAAUCGCCAUCCAGUGGAUAAGUGAUAGCAAAACGUACGGUGUCAUCCACCGGAUCGAGAUUUAUCCUGUGGAUAGCGUUAUCCGACCUUCGAACAGCCGGGGCCUGAUCUAUUUGGUCUAUUUCGCUUUCUCGGGAUUGCAUUUACUUCUUUCCGGUUCUUACCCACUUUUCCCGAGCCAAUACUUAAGGAAAAGUAAAAACAAGCACGCCAUAAUUUUACAUAUCGAAUCAUUAUCAUCAUUAUCAUUGUAACCGGUGUUUCAUACACCCGAUGGGGAAAGCACGAAAGACUGCUAUCUUAACCGUUGUCUAUCCCUUCGAUUUCUCCGUCAGUCCUGAUCGGCGAAUUAAAACCUCCAAUUGAGACAAUAGAGUUGGUUCGUCAGGUUAUAUCAUCUAAUUACAAAAGUAGUUGUAGAGACUUUGGUAAUUAUGAAUUAUAGAGAAAAAAUGCGAAACUUACCAAACGGAUGAAGAGAAAAUAGAUUCUAGUUGAGGUACAUAGUGCAUAGUGGUAUUACUUUCAAUCUGUUACAGAAGUAAAGAGAAACACAAGGGGCCGGUUAUUUACACGAGGUUUGACCCAAACCGCUGUUUUACGCAAUCAGAGGGCCUUACGUAAUCUCUAUAGGAGGGUUGUUUUAAGAAAUAGAUGCUCUUCAUUGUUACCUUUCGGCCCUCUCGACGCUGGUCACAAAUCGAAUGUUCAGAUAAAAGAUUCAGCUUAAUUCAAGAUAGUUUAGAACUCGGUUUUGUUAAACCUCAGCUAAACAUUGUUUAAAUAACCGGCCCGAAGAGUUGUAACCACCAGCUUCCUUCACUGUUUCCAAUGCAAAUAUUCGGGUAUAACGAGUUCCUUAGUAAGAAAAAGACAUAUUCUUGUUCAUACACAAUAAAAACUGGCGAUGAAUAGAAAGACGUUUCGACCUCUCCGUUUUCCUUUAUCAGGGUCUAUUAAAAUAUGACAAGUUAUUUUUAUGAAAAACUGUCGUGUAAAUAUAAUGGUAUUAAAAACGGAUGAGAAUACAAAAAGCAUUAAGGUGUGUUAAAAUUGAUUACAACUAAUCAAAAUAUUUAUAAGGUACAAGAAUAGUAAAAAAUAAUUUCCCGGUGCUUGAGCCACACUGUUUGUUUAGCGGUGGUUAAAAAGCAUUUCAAAAAUAAGACAGUCAAGUUUGUUAUCGCACUUUCUUAAAAUGUUAAAACUUCGCGUGAUGUUACCCGGUUCCAUGCCACGUCGUUUACUAUGCUG